UUCUUCAACUUUCAUUCCACAAGCACCAAUUCAUAAUGGAUGCCUAUAAAAUUGGCAACUACCCAACUUAUAUCUUUGCAUAUUCUCCUCCUUUUCUCAAACAUACCAAUAUAUAUUCUCCUACAAGCUCCACUUUAAACUUCUACCAAAUUCCACAACUUAAAGUUCACCUCAAUCUUUAUUCCAUUUUUCCUCCCUAAACUUCAUUGUUAAGAUUUUGUAAUUGAAUUCAAAUUCUUAAUUCUGAAUUUUGUCAUUUUUUUUGUGGGGAUAUUUAUAACUAUCAUAUUAUUUGUGUAGAUCAUUCUACAAAAAAGAGAGUGAGUUUUUUUAGCUCUUAUUUCCUAAGAAAUUAAUAGCAAAAGUUUUGCAUAACUAUGGCUCCAAGCUUUAGCAAGGAAAAUUCCAAGACGUGUGAUGAGGUUGCAAACCAUGAUGAUUGCAACACGUGUCCAAUAAUUUCCUUGGAAGAAUCAAACUUCAUGGUGAAUGGUCACGUGAUAUUGUCCCAAGUUCCAUCCAACAUCACGGCCAUUAGUAAAAUGGGUUUUGAUGGGCUUUUUGUGGGUUUUGAUGCUCCAGAGCCCAAGGCCCGGCACGUUGUAUCCGUGGGCCAGCUCAAGGGAAUUCCCUUCAUGAGUAUCUUCAGGUUCAAGGUAUGGUGGACUACCCAUUGGACUGGGUCCAAUGGGCGGGACCUUGAGCAUGAGACCCAAAUUCUCAUCCUUGAUAAGUCAGAUGAAGGUUUGGGCCGUCCCUAUAUUGUGAUCCUCCCAUUGAUCGAAGGCCCAUUUCGGGCAUCUCUCCAGCCGGGUUCUGUUGAUGACUAUGUGGAUAUAUGUGUUGAGAGUGGGUCCACUAAAGUUGUCGGAGACUCGUUCCGGGCUGUUCUUUAUAUACGGGCUGGGCCUGACCCAUUUAAGUUAAUUAAAGAUACAAUGAAGGAAGUCCAAGCCCAUUUAGGGACUUUCAAACUCUUAGAUGACAAAACUCCUCCAGGAAUAGUGGACAAGUUUGGAUGGUGUACAUGGGAUGCAUUUUACCUCAAAGUAGAGCCUUAUGGUGUUUGGGAAGGAGUUAAAGGACUCGUCGAAAACGGGGUCCCACCCGGUCUCGUACUCAUUGAUGAUGGGUGGCAAUCUAUUUGUCAUGACGAUGAUCCGAUUACCGACCAAGAAGGGAUAAACCGGACUUCUGCCGGCGAGCAAAUGCCAUGUAGAUUGAUCAAGUACGAGGAAAACUUCAAGUUUAGGGACUAUAAAAGCCCAAAUAUUAUGGGCCAUGAGGAUCAUCCCAAUAUGGGAAUGAGGGCCUUUGUUAGGGACCUUAAGGAGGAGUUCAAAACUGUUGAGCAUGUGUAUGUUUGGCAUGCUUUUACGGGCUAUUGGGGAGGGGUAAGGCCCAAUGUUCCAGGCCUACCGGAGGCCCAAGUAGUAACCCCAAAGCUUUCCCCGGGUCUUGAGAUGACAAUGGAAGAUCUAGCUGUGGAUAAAAUUGUUAAUAAUGGUAUUGGGCUUGUCCAGCCUGAUAAGGCCCAAGAACUUUAUGAAGGGUUGCAUUCUCAUUUGGAAAAUUGUGGGAUUGAUGGAGUCAAAGUUGAUGUCAUCCAUUUGUUGGAGAUGAUGGCAGAGGACUAUGGAGGAAGAGUUGAACUAGCAAAAACAUACUAUAAGGCAAUAACAGAAUCAGUGCGUAAGCAUUUCAAAGGCAACGGUGUGAUUGCUAGCAUGGAGCAGUGCAACGAUUUCAUGCUCCUUGGUACUGAGACCAUUUGUCUUGGUCGCGUUGGGGAUGACUUUUGGCCAACUGAUCCGUCUGGAGAUAUAAAUGGUACAUAUUGGCUCCAAGGCUGUCAUAUGGUGCAUUGUGCCUACAAUAGCUUAUGGAUGGGAAACUUUAUACACCCUGACUGGGACAUGUUCCAAUCUACACACCCUUGUGCUGAAUUUCAUGCUGCAUCUCGUGCGAUUUCUGGUGGACCAAUUUAUGUUAGUGAUGUUGUUGGCAAGCAUAACAUCCCCUUGCUCAAAAGGCUCGUCUUGGCUGAUGGUUCGAUCCUUCGUUGCGAGUACCAUGCACUUCCUACUAAGGAUUGCCUAUUUGUAGAUCCUUUGCACGAUGGCAAAACAAUGCUCAAAAUUUGGAACCUCAACAAGUACAAUGGAGUGCUUGGAGUCUUCAAUUGCCAAGGAGGAGGGUGGAGCCGUGAGUCUCGAAAAAAUCUAUGUUUCUCAGAGUAUUCAAAACCUAUUUCCUGCAAGACAAGUCCAAAAGAUGUUGAAUGGGAGAACGGACACAAGCCAUUCCCCAUCAAAGGAGUGGAAUGUUUUGCCAUGUACUUCACCAAGGAAAAAAAGCUAAUCCUCUCACAACUAUCUGACACCAUUGAAAUAUCACUUGAUCCCUUCGAUUACGAGCUUAUUGUAGUCUCUCCGAUGACAAUUCUACCCUGGGAGUCGAUCGCAUUUGCACCCAUAGGAUUAGUAAACAUGCUCAACGCCGGAGGGGCAGUCAAGUCUUUGGACAUCAGUGAGGAUAAUGAGGAUAAGAUGGUUCAGGUUGGUAUUAAAGGGGCCGGAGAAAUGAUGGUUUAUUCAUCAGAAAAGCCAAAAGCGUGUAGAGUUAAUGGAGAAGACAUGGAGUUUGAGUAUGAAGAGAGCAUGAUUAAGGUUCAAGUUACAUGGAACCAUAACUCAGGUGGUUUUACCACUGUUGAGUACUUAUUUUGAGCUUGAAGCUAAUCUAAGUCUUUACUUAAUGAGUGAUGUAACUGAGUAGUUGACUUGAGAGUACAGUAUGUGUGAAGCUUAUUAUUCCUAAAUUACUUCUUGAAUAUUUACUCCUAUAGCAAGAUGAUGUAUCUGAAAACUUUACCAGUGAUUAAUUUUAUCUAUGUAGAUUCCUCUAA